AACUACUGCCACCUAAAUUUUUCCAGUGUUUGGAUCUUGUCAUUUGACUCACUAGGGUUUCGAUUGAUAGGCGUAACAUUAAUUAUCAGUAAUGAUUAAAGUAUUUUAAAAAUAAUAAUAAUUCCAAUGUGAUGUUCCUGUGCCACUGGAUAAAAAAUAAUAAAAAUGAAUUUAUCAACAUCAGAAGAGCCCGAAAAACCAUGGGAUCAUCCCUGGACAACCGAUGAAAUGAGAUUGAAACAGGGAGAGUGGAGUUUAGCUGGUGAUGUUGGAUUACUAAGACAUCUCCAAGAAUUUUCCGAAACAUUGACAUCCAGGGUCAAAUGUACGGAAAAGAAUCUUGAUUUACUGUGCGGUGAUUUAAAUGAAACGACUGUGCUGAUAGAUAACGUUACGAAUGCAUCUCUUGCAUUGGCCAAUACUCAGUUUAUAGAGAGUCGAGUCCACGAUGAUGAUCCAGCUCUCGAACAGCAGGAGCGGAGCAAAAAGACUGAAGGUAUUGAUGCACAGAAGGAAUUAAGUGAAGCUGAGAUGAUCGCUGCCGUGAGCGAUAACAUUCAAAGAGGCUUGCAGAUAAUGGAUGACAAGUACGACAGGUUGGAAGUCGUCGCGAGCGAUGAUAGUGAGGAUGACAAUCAAGUGUCGGUACCGAGUUUUAUACUGAGACCAAAAGAUCCUUACAGAGAUCGACCGCUGCCUUACGUCAUCGGCUCGGAUAAAUGGAAAGCUUCAAAUAAAAUAGGGCUGGAGUCAAGCAGCGAGUCUGAAGCACCCGAUGACAAUGAAGAUGAAGAUGAUGAUGAUGAGGAUGAGGAUGAAAGCACUGAGGGUGAUAAAAUAACACAUAUCUUUAAUUCAAAUCAGCGUAAUAAUUUAUUGGCCGCAAGAUCUUCGUUGUCGUCAAGUGAAUCCAGUGAUUUUAAUGAUAAAAGUAAUAAUACAAAUAAACUGGCCAGUGGUCCCAGUUCGACGACCGAUAAAAUGUACACGAGAAGUCAGGAUACUCUCAAUUCAACUUCGGAAAUAGACACGCCGAUUGAAGUUAGAAGUAAGAGUUCUGGUCGAGAUGCUCCUGGUUUUGCUGAAGAACUUGCCAAGAGAUUAGGAAGUGUCUUGCCUGCUAGCAAACCUGACAACUCAAAAGCUGACCGCUCGUCUAUCAAUCGCUCUAGUGAUGAUUUGUUUGCUAAUGAGGAGAAGAAUGAUGAAGACGUCUUCAAUAAUAAGAAAGACGAUUUGUUCAGCGACGGAGGACUCUUUGAUGACGAUGUGCCAAACAGUUUAUGGAACAACAAGCCCUUGAGACGUCAGCAAUCGAAUAUCAUUCCUGCUAGUAUUGAUUUACCGCCUCCUAUUAAUUCUGUUGAGGCUAAACCCAAGUCUUCAAUUGACGACUUAUUUGGCGACGUCGAUUCUGAUGAUUCCGACGACAUAUUUGCGCCUAAAAGUUCCAUCAAGAGUUCAGUUACUAAAGAUGCUGAUGCUGCGAGUGAUAAACCAAAGAAUAAGUUUGCUGCUGGACACGCGACUGCUGAAAAAGUAGCGACGAGUACACCGGAAAUGAACAACAGCGUUCCUAAUUUGUUUGAAGACGACGAGGAUGAGGAUGACAGUUUAUUUAGUUCUGCUAAAAAUUCAGCGGUCAAGUCAUCAGAGGCAACAAAAACUUCAUCCAGAGGCCGACCACCAGGAGUAUUGAUAAGCAAAGCAGACCUUUUGUCAUCAAGCUUAGGCAGCAAAAUAUUCCAGCGUGCGCGUCUGGAUUCAUCUGAAUCAUCUGAAAAUGAGGAGAGUGUUAGAUUUAAAGAAGAAGGAGAUAAGAAUGUAUCAACAGUUAGUGCUAGCGGGAGUCGCAAUAGUAGUAGUAUAAAUAUAAGUAACAAAAGUAAUGUUACUCAGUCGGGUGAAAAUGAUAAAAGUGCAUCGACGUCCAGUGCGAGCACGACUAUCGCAGGAAAUCGGAUUCAUGUCAGAGAAAGUAGUGACAGCAGCGGAAUUUCAGUCCCGCCACAAAGUAUCAGCAGCAAUCUGUCCGCUAGUCUAGGUCUUGAAAGACCUCAGAUGGAAUCAACUCGUUUGACUUCCGAAGAAUUAUCCCGCGAAAGAUUGACGAGCGAUAGUCUUUUGAACCAACGAACGCGUCAGCGAGCUGAUGCUGUUGCUGUUAAUUCUGGACGUGAUGUAAUUAUCAGUAAUCCAGCGCCAGGAGUUAGUGUAGAGGAAAAUUUAAGUAGUAAAAGUAAACAUAAUAUUAAUAGUAACAGUAAAGAAGUAAAUAUAUUUGAUGAUGACGUAUUUAGUCCACCGCCGUUAUCUAAAAAUGAUAUCAAGUCCAAGUCCAAAGUAAUGUCACUUUUUGAUGACUCUGAUUCGGGAGAAGAUCUAUUUUCGAAUACAAGCUCUGGCUCACGUUCGCAAAAGAGUGCGGAGGUAUUGGGUAAUAGCAGUAAUAAUUUAAUGAACCAGAAACAAGAAGCCCAGGAAGUUAAAUCGAAAGUAAUUAAGCAAAAAAAUAAUUUGUUUGACGAUCAGAAGAUUGACGGUGACAUCUUUGGUAGCGUAAACGUUCCGGACAUUGACAUUUUCGCAGGACAAAAGUCUAAAUCAAAUUCACCGACGGUGUCAUCCGAUCUACUGUCUAAUAAGGCUGCAAGUGUAAAUACCAGUGAGGAAAUAGCGCAGGUAAAAUCACUGGCAUCAUCGGUGGGAAAAAAGUCUAGUAAUGUCGGUAAAACUCUGAGUAUUUUUGAUGACAGUGAUGAGGAAGACGACGACUUGUUUAGCACUAAUACGAAAAUAACGAAGAAACCUUCAAAUAUGUUUGAUGGUGGCGAUGGAGGUGGUAAAGCUCAUGGUGAUGAUGAUAUUUUCCGAAAGUUAACUCAAAAUAAAGACAGAGAGGAGGAGGCUGUUGAAGAGGCGGCGAGGCCGAAAAAAGAUUCCGCGGCCGUGACGAGUGUGGAGGGAGAGAAGAAAAGUAAAGUGAAACUAGAUGAGAAACAGAACAACAGUGACCAAGUACCGCCGUCAGUUGAUGUUACUAAAGUAGAUGGUAAUUUACAGUCCCAGACCCGUAGACUUUUUGAUGACUUUGCUGGCGAAGACAGCGACGACGAGGACAGUUUGUUUGGGAAAAAACCUGUUAAGUCGUCCAUUGUGUCGGGGGGUUUUGAUAUUUUGAAAGAUAGUGUUGUAAAUAUUAAAGAAACUAAGAUAACAAGUGUACAAAGUGCUGAGGUAGAUAAAUAUUGUGAAGAUACUGAUAGUGUUUCUACGACAGAUGGUGGUAAAAUGUCGCGGAUUAAUGAUAGCAAAGAUACCGCGACCACGGGACCACCGAAAAGUUUGAAAAUAAAAUUGCCCAUCCCUACUGGUGUUGUUGAUGAUGACAAUGAUAAUGACUCGGUGUCACCGCCGCGGCGUGCGGUUUCGGGAAAAAUAAAAAAUCUUAUGGGUAAAAUGGGUGAUUUAAAAAUUUUGUCUCCCACUGACACUCCUCUUGUGUGGAGAAAAGCUGCUGGUGAUAAACAAGACUCGGAAAAUGAUAAUACACCGGAUCGUGAUAGUGAAGAUGGAAGUUCUAUUAGUAUACCGAGUACUAAAUCACCGACAGUUGUGUCUGAUGAAAAUAUUUAUAAAAAAGACGUGUCGCUGUCUCCGUCGAUUGAGACAGAAACUGCAGUGAGUUUUGAUGUUCCAGCGCAAGCGGAAACUCUUACAAUUAAAGGUUCAAAGAUUUUACAAAACCGGGCUCGGAUUCCUGUUAAACGAAGACCUCAGAGUAGGCAAGCCCGUCAAACGGCACUCAGAACAAGUGGCCUAGAUUUCGAAACAACUGAUACGACUGAUUCGUCCGGUGCAUUUGAUUCAAGCGAUUUAUCUAGUUCUAAGGCAGACACUAAAAACGAUCGGGUGACAACGAUACAUACAAACGAUGAUAGUCGUGAGGAAUCUGUUGUAAAAAAUAAGCACCAGUAUCUCAAUUUAACGGGAGACGAUCGCUCGGAAAUAAGUAUAAGCAAAGAUGGUUCGAUAAGUACAACUAAAAAUACGUUACUGUCACCGUCAACUGACGAAGAGGAUCUGUUUGACGUACCGCCUGAUUUACCAGAAGAUCCGCCCAAAGAAGACAGUCUAUUUGACCAGGCGCCCAUUCUCUCGCCUGUUCAAGUACGCAGGUCGAAAAAUCACUUUGGACACCGUUACAAAGACGACACUGCCACUAAUGAUAAAUUAAAAGUUUCUAUAAAUAAGUCCACGGAAAAUGAACACCGGGAUAGUGAAGAGUCUAGGAAGAGGGACAGAGAGACCGUUGAUAAAGAAGAUCCAGUACCGGUAGAUCCACUGCGUGAUGAUAAUCACGAUCCUCUUAAAGAUCCGAGUCAACUGUUUGCAUUCGUCACUAAAACUCCUUCGCCGGAGAGAGGUCAGGGUUUGUUGUUUGAUGAAGAUGACAGUUUGUUUAGUACAACUGGUAAAAAAGAACCGUCAGUGACUAGUUCAACUACGACGACUUCUGGUGAGUCAACUAAAAAAUCACCAUUGGAUUUAUUUGAGGAUGACUCAGCGAGUGAUUUAUUUUCUGGUCCUUUUACAAAACCAGUUAAAAAACCGGUUAAAAGUGUUGGUGUUAAGAGCAGUUUGUUCAAUGAUUUAGACAGCGAGGAUGACGAUGAGACAGAUGAUUUGUUUGCUUCUGCGUCUAGUAGAAAAAGUAAUUUGAGUAAAUCCGAACUAUCGGACACUGAUGUAAGCGCCGCGGGUACUGCGUCAAAACCCGAUGGAAUUGAGGACGACGAUGAAGAAGAAUUAUUUUUUGAUGCCAGUGAAAAACCUGAGUCGAGUAAAGAUCAGCCGUCAACCGUGACGACACCAGCAGCCACAGAUGCUAAGAAAAUAAAAAAUAAAUUAGGUGACAUUUUUGGUGAGCAGUCUAGCGGCGAAGACGAUAUUUUUUUUACCAAAAAGCCUAUUGCUGUAAGUAAAGUCGGUUCCUUUUUUUCAAAUGAAGGUGAAAGUGACGAUGAUUUGUUUUCAAUAAAAAAACAACCGGCGCCAAGUGGAAGUGCGUCGCAGUCUGGAGAAAAUUCGGCGCCAGUUAAAAAAUCCGUUACGAGAGAUUUAAAAAAAACAGCUGAGGCUAUUGUUGAAGAUCCGCUCAGUAUGCUUGAUGAUGAUUGAAUUGUUUAUGAACAUGUUACACACCCACACACAUAAAUAUAUAUAUAAAGUAUCAGGUGUAUUGUAAAAAAAAUGAUUUCUACCAGGAUUGACAUUGAAUUUUCAUUUAAAAUACUCUAACAAUUGUUUUUUUUUAAACAUUAUUAUUAUUGUUAUAAUUAUUUUGAAGCUUUAAUUAAAUUAUAUGCAAAUACCUUUGAAAUGAAUUUAAAUAUAAUAUAAAUAAAUAUAAAUAUAUACAUAUGUAAAAAUAAAUUUUAUUUUUCAAGUUUAAUCGAUUCAGUCUCACUUGGUAAACAGUAAUUACUUAUACAUUAUAUAUUUAAAUGACAAUUGUUAUUAUUAUUGCCGUUAAUUGAACGGUAACAAAUAAAUCAUGUGGAAAAUUGUUUUAUUUGUAAUUAUAAGUAAUUGUGCCAUGUUAUUGAGACCUGUUGUAUGUAUAUAGACAAUCUUUAAUUGAAAUAAAAAUAACAACUAAAAUUUUA